AUGUCUGUUUCUGUUGUCAAACAAAGCUUUACAAUUGGAGGGAUCCAGACGACUAUUUUCAAAACCUCCCGAGCACCUGAUGGGUCCGUAGCAGUGGUUUUUUUGCUGCAUGGCCGACAAGGUUCUGCUGAGGAUGUUGUAUCUUUCGCAGCAUCUUUGUUGCAGAAAGAAAAGGAUGUCCCUAAAAGCCGUGGACUGUAUGUCGUAACUCUGGACCACCGCAAUCAUGGCGGAAGAACAGUUGAAGUCAGAGCCAACAACACCUGGCAGGAGAAAAAUGAAUUGCAUGCAAUGGAUAUGUACUCUAUUCAAGUGGGAACGGCUCGAGAUAUCACCUUCCUGUGUGAUUUUUUACCGACAUAUCUCUUUCCUCACGAUGAGUGCAAAGUUGACGCAUGGGGAGUGGUUGGAAUUAGCCUCGGUGGGCACUCAAGUUGGCUAGCACUGAGCCAAGAUCCUAGGAUAACUGUCGGCAUUCCUAUUAUUGGAUGCCCGGAUUACUUGGAGUUGAUGAAAUACCGCGCCAACGAGAGCGGGGUAUCUCUCGAAGCACCGUAUAUGCCUGUCAGUUUCUUCAAGUUGAUCAAGUCGGUCGAUCCUGCGUCGAAGGAAUACGCAUCAAUCACAGCAGCGAAUCCGUUCUUGGGUAAGAAGAUCCUUGUGCUCUCGGGCGAAAAAGAUCCUCUGGUUCCCUGGGUGGCAAGUGAAAAGUUUGUGGAUAGAUUAGAGGUAGGAGAUGGAAGCAAAAGGGUAUUUCUGCAGAAAGGAGUGGGACACAAGUGCACAGAGGAAAUGGUGUCGGAGGCGUGCUCGUUCAUCGAGGCCGAGUUGUUGAAUUAA